AUUCGACUCAAACAUCACAACAAUUCACAUGGAAGAACAGCGGCGUGUAUACCGUAACGCUCACCCCUUCUUGCCUUCUCUCUCCCCCAAUUAGAGCCUCUAUUACUCUCUCUCUCUCUCUCUCUCUCUCUCUCUCUCUCCACUGUUGUUUCUCCAGCUUCUCUGCACUCCCUCCUCUGGAAUUGAAUUGGGUCCGUAAUUGUGGAUCUUUGGAUCAAAUUGUCUGGAUCUGGGUGGGCGGUGUUUUCGAAAUUUGAUUGGGGGAGGGAUAGAGAUGGAGGAGGCUACGUUGUGCCAGUGGAGCGUGAUUCGGUCGAUUCUCGCCAUAAUUCAGUGGUGGGGUUUCAAUGUCACCGUUAUUAUCAUGAACAAAUGGAUCUUUCAGAAACUGGAUUUCAAGUUUCCUUUGACAGUAUCGUCUAUACACUUCAUAUGCUCUGCUAUUGGCGCCUACCUGGUAAUCAAGGUGCUGAAGCUUAAGCCACUAAUUGUGGUUGAUCCUGAAGAUCGAUGGAAAAGGAUCUUUCCCAUGUCCUUUGUCUUCUGUAUUAACAUAGUACUGGGGAACGUAAGCUUGCGUUACAUUCCUGUGUCUUUUAUGCAAACCAUAAAGUCGUUUACCCCUGCAACAACAGUUGUUUUGCAGUGGCUAGUUUGGAAGAAACAAUUUGAUGGUAGAAUAUGGGCUUCUUUGGUGCCCAUUGUUGGAGGAAUUCUACUGACUUCUAUUACUGAGCUUAGUUUCAAUAUGUUUGGAUUUUGCGCUGCUUUAUUUGGUUGUCUUGCUACUUCUACAAAGACUAUCCUCGCAGAGUCUCUGCUGCAUGGCUACAAAUUUGACAGCAUAAACACAGUGUACUACAUGGCUCCUUUUGCAACUAUGAUCUUGGCAGGGCCGGCACUAUUACUUGAAGGAUCCGGAGUUGUGCUAUGGUUUCAGUCACACACUUCUCUUCUUUCACCCCUCAUUAUUAUUUUCGGCUCUGGAGUGUUGGCUUUCUGCUUGAACUUCUCUAUCUUUUAUGUGAUCCAUUCUACAACUGCCGUCACAUUUAAUGUUGCUGGAAAUCUUAAGGUUGCAGUGGCGGUCACUUGUUCAUGGCUGAUAUUCCGUAACCCUAUCUCAGCUAUGAAUGCUAUUGGAUGCGCAAUAACUCUUCUGGGUUGCACAUUUUACGGUUACGUGAGACACAUGAUAUCCCAACAGUCACCGGGAACUCCGAGAACGCCCCUCACUCCACGAAGCCUGAAGGAACUGGUUCCUCUCGUGAACGAUAAAUUGGACGAUAAGGUUUAGUUCUGGUAAAAUGAUGCAUUGAGCUUCUUGGCGGUUGAAAUGGUUAUAGGACAAAUGUUAUAUGAAACACUGCACCUCUUUGCUAUGUGAACUUACAUUAGAAUUCUUAUCAAUCAGAAAAAGAUUAAUAGAGUUUUUUUUUUCCCUCGUGCUUAAA